AUUAUAAAUACGGAAUCCUAACACUUCUUUUUCCCUUGCUGACUCAAAUCUCCAAACUCCUAGAAAAUCUCCAAAUUUCCAAGUUAGUUUUUUUUAAUCGCUCAAAUUCCUCACAGUUCUUCAAUUUCCAAGAAACCAACAAGAAAAAAUAAUAGUAGUAUCACUUUUCUUUGGUGAGAGAUCACACAAAGCAAUCAAUCUUUACAUCAUCAAUGGCAUCAACAGGCCUGACUCGAUCGGGAAGUGCGCCGCAGUUCCAUCUAGACGAGAAGUGGAAGCUCGCCAAGAAAGACAGUUUAAGCGGUGGCGCGGCGAGGAUCACACGGUCCUCCUCCACGUCUUCUAUCCCCAUGAACGGCGGCAAGAAGACACACAAACAGGGGAGAUGCGCUUUUACAAGGAAGUGCGCGAGGUUGGUCAAAGAACAGAGAGCUCGUUUCUACAUCAUGCGUCGAUGCGUGAUCAUGCUUGUCUGUUGGAGAGAUAAUUACUCAGAUUCUUGAAAAACCAAACACCAGUCUCUCUCUGUGUUUCUUCAUCUCUCUGUUGUGAAACAGAAGUAGAUAGAUCAUAUACGCAGGUGUACAUAUGCUAUUUUGGUUUCUGCUUCUUUAGAUCGAAAUUAGAUUUGUAACUUUUAUGCAAGUUAUUGAAAGAGGACUAUGUGCUCAAGAUGAGUUUUACUCAGUGUGAAUAAGUUUUCAAUAUGAAUUAUUGAAUUAGA